CAGAGCGCGAGCGAGCCGCACUUUGGAAGGCGGGUGCCCGUCAGCGUGCCCGCGCACAGCGCUGCUAUCCUGUUGUGGAAAUAGAGGAAGGCGGUUCAUCAUUUAUGGAAAUGCAGCAUCCGCGCGUCCGACACAUGGAUCUGGGCGACAUGCAGCAUGACGGUGGCAGAAACAGAGAUGAACUCUGGAGCCUCCAUUCUCCCUUCUCAUCACACAUGGUCACCAACGCCUCCCCUGUGGCUUUCAGAGAGAUUACCCUCUCAUAGAGGAAAUGGGUGAUCAUCAUCAGGUCAAGACUUCCUUCCUCUUCAUCCAACUGCAGUCAGCCCCCAAGGACGAUGGGCCGUUGUGUCCUGCCCCCACUGCCUGCUGCAUUCCCGCAGAGAAAGGACCCACUCGAAACGCAGAGCUAGUCGGCCGUGCAAACUCAGCAGCUGGUGCAGAGACAGAAGAAGGAACUUCAGGGUGCUUUUGCUCAACCUCUCGCAGCUCCGAGGGAAAUGCAGCAGGAGAAGAUGCAUGUAAACAAGGCGGCCCACCUCUGAACGCAGCUAGAUCACCCUUUGACUUUGGAAACAGAAGGAGUCCCCCAGCAUCUCCCAUUUGGACCGUGCGCCCUGGAAUCCCUUUGGCAAUGAGUGGAAAGCAGUCCUUGGCCAUAGGGAGCAGAUCUCCACUGCCUCCAUUCUCUGCUGUUGCAGGGGAACCACCCUUGAACGAGGCUCCAACUUCUCUUUUAAACAGUGAAGAACCAGCCAAGUCCUUGGACUUUGUUUACCCAGCAGCUGGCCAGCUUCCUGUGGUUAAAGCCACCAGUGCCUGGUGCCCCAACAGCUGCAGCAGCACAGCGGACAGCGCACCCUGCAAGGUGGAUGUCGGCAAGCCCACUGGUACGCAUUCGAAACUGGUGAGCAAGACCUUCUUGUCGGCUGUCAUCGAGAGAUCUUCCAAGAUUCCUGGAGAUACUUACAAAAAGGAAGGGGACAGAAGUUCCUUGAUGGCAUCAGUCGUUCCUCAGUGCUCAGCCAUAACUUCAUCGGUUGCUCGGGCCACAACCUCGGCGGCCCCUCUGUCUUCUGCCUCUGUGAAUACUGCACCGGUUCUCGGUUGUACCACCAGUGAGAAGGUGGAAACGUUUACUUGGGCGAAGAACUCGUCGACACAUGCUCAAAGCGUUGCAAAGGCCAAGUACGAGUUUCUCUUUGGCAAAAUUGAGGACUCGGGAUCAUCCAAUAUUGUUUCAGCAACUGCUGAUGCCUCUGUUCUACCAGAAGAAGGCGUCAGUGCAAGUGUGGACACAUCACUCCAGCAUGGAGCAGUUGGCAGUGGUGAAGAGGAGGACAUUGAUGAGGCGUUACUCUUCCUAGAGAUUGACAGGGAGCUGGCAAAUUUGCUGAGCGACCUGGGCAGCAGGAGUCGGGAUGUCCUGGGCGAACCCGGGCCCGAGGACGCUUGCAGACCUGCUGACGGUGUGCCAGGCAUGAUCUCGUGUAACGGGAGCGAGGCCCCGCUGGACUCAUCCAAUCAGGGUCCAGAGUCCGGGGAUGGAGGCUUGGAAAUUUCCAAAUUGGAAAAACCUGGACCUUCGACGCAGACGUCCGACCUCCUUUUUGAGUCUUGGACUGAGGCACUGAUGCAGGGUACUGUUUCUCUGAGCUCAGCAGUGGUGGAGCCAGACACUUCAAGUGCUGUGGUAAAUGGAGACACCAGGAAUGCUCCUGCUGGCCAAGACAAACCAGGGGAGAUCUCAGAUCCAGCUGCAUUAACAUCUGGGCUCGGGAUGGUAACUCCGGGGCAGGAAGAGUCUGGGAGAGGGGCAGCCACUGGCAUCACUUUCACUGAGAAUGAAGGGGGAUUCCUGGACCAGUCUCUGGAGGAGUCCAGCAGAAUCCUUGCGGAGAUUCCUGGGAUCUUCACGGCCUUCCUCGAUGGAGCACAACCCAAGGAGAAGCCACCAAAAAAGAUCUGUUUCACAGAAAACCGUCCGGAGAGCAUGCAACAGUCCAGUAAGGAAGAUGAAAGUAGCCUUGGCAAGGAGGAGCCUGCUGUGUCGGAUCCGGAAGUGGAGCACGCUUGCCCCAAGCUGAGCAGCCCCUUGGAGACCCUGGAGGCUCUGGAGAGGUGUCUGAGGAGCACCGACUCGGAGCUCUCCCCUCUACCUCUGGUGAGCACCAUGGAGGAUGAGGUGUUCAAGGGCAUACCUGAGGUGUGCAUAGAGAGCCCUGAGAACGACAGCGACACGGCACCUGGAUUAAACUCAGCUGGGACAGCGUGGACAACGGUGACUGAUGGGGACAAAGGGAAGGGCCCGGACAGCGAGGAAACUACAGAUGUCUUCAGCUCCCAGUUUGAGAGCAUCCUAGAGUCAGAUGGGCUGCGGAACAUGCUUUACAGCAGCCUGGACUCUCUGGACGCCCUGUCAUCUAUGGACGAUUUGGACGGCUGCUUCACCGCAGAUCUGCCACUCACGCCCAUGAUCCAGCAGCGGCUCAAGGAGGGCCGCUUCCUGGAAGCUGAAGCGGAAGCUGGGCGGCAGGAAGUGCUGAGUGUGACCGCCACGGGCAGGAGCGGCAAGGCCGCUCUAGAGGUGACCACGUCCUUUCUAGAUGUGGCAGGCAGGGGCACCCCUGGUGGCAGGAGGCCAGACCAGCACCUAGAUAAACAGUCUGCUCAGUCUUUGGCAAAUGGACUUCUGGAGAGAGCGGAUCAGCACCUGAAGGAUUGGCUGCAGGGCGGUUUAAGCGAUGCAGGGCUGAAGGACGUGCUGUCGGACUGGGAUUUGGACAUGGGCAGCACAGAGCGACUCAAGGACAGCACUGACGCUCUCCACAAUGGAAACCGAGGGGACCAGGAUGCAGCUCGGCGCCUGGCUCGGCGACUCUUCCAUUUGGAGGGCUUCCGCCGCUCUGAUGUGGCCAAACACCUUGGAAAGAACAAUGAGUUCAGCAAGAUGGUCGCCGAAGAAUACCUUACCUUCUUUGAUUUUACAGGGAUGACACUGGACCAGUCUCUCAGAUCAUUUUUGAAAGCUUUUGCACUGAUGGGUGAAACGCAGGAGCGAGAACGGGUUUUGAUCCACUUCUCCAAUAGGUACCAUAAAUGUAACCCCACCACCGUCACCUCACAAGAUGGAGUUCAUUGCCUUACAUGUGCAUUGAUGCUGCUGAACACUGACCUUCAUGGUCACAACAUCGGGAAGAAGAUGACGUGCCAAGAGUUCAUCAAUAACCUGGAUGGGUUAAAUGAAGGACAGGAUUUCCCCAAGGAGCUGCUAAAGGCCUUGUACAAUUCAAUCAAAAAUGAGAAGUUGGAGUGGGCAAUAGACGGAGAUGAACUGAAGAAGUCCUUUUCUGAGCUUGCUGACAAUAAGACAGAGAAUACACACACAAAGGGCAUCAGCAGAAUUGGCAGUGGCAGCAACCCUUUCCUUGACAUCUCCCAUGACCCCAACGCCGCCGUCUACAAAACUGGCUUCCUUGCUCGGAAAAUCCAUGCAGACACAGAUGGGAAGAAAACGCCAAGAGGGAAAAGGGGGUGGAAAACAUUUUAUGCUGUUCUCAAGGGAAUGAUUCUUUACUUGCAGAAGGAUGAAUACAAGCCAGAAAAAUCCUUGUCUGAAGAGGACCUCAAAAACGCCAUUAGUAUCCACCAUGCACUGGCAAUGAAAGCCAUGGACUAUGAGAAGAAGCCCAAUGUUCUGAAGCUCAAGACGGCAGACUGGAGGGUCUUCCUCUUCCAAGCCCAGAGCUCUGAAGAGAUGGACUCUUGGAUCAGAAAAAUCAACUCAGUGGCAGCCAUCUUCUCUGCACCAUCUUUCCCUGCUGCCAUUGGCUCACAGCGGAAAUUUAGUCGGCCCCUGCUACCUGCAACCACCACACGGAUGUCACAGGAAGAGCAGCUGAAGUCUCAUGAGGCUAAGCUGAAGCAUGUCUCCACGGAGCUGGCUGAGCACAGAUCAUACCCUCCGGAUAAGAAGGUCAAAGCCAAAGAGGUUGAUGAGUACCGACUCAAAGAGCACUACCUAGAGUUUGAGGAGACCCGCUAUGACACGUAUGUGAAGCUCCUCAAAGAGGGUGUAAAGGAGCUGCUCUCUGGGAAGGAGGCAGAUGCUGUGCUCAAGAAAUCCCAGUCCAGUCCAUCACUCAACCAGGAGUCGCAGCCAGCCACGGCCAAAGUGAAGCGGAACACCUCUGAGAGGAAGGACUAUCGACCCGAAACCCCCAAGGUCACAUAAGAAGCUUAGGCUGUGCUGCAACACGCCGUUCAGGCCCAAUGUUGUGAAUAUGUUUUAUGUAAUUUAUUUAUCAGCCCACUGUUGUGACAAAGACAGUUGUGUAAAAUGUAAAUGAUACAUGUCCCUCAUAGACUGACUGGUGUUUGUGUAGCAUUUUGUAUGGAACAUCAUCCAAUAUGUUUAGUGGUCUUUUUAUUUUUGAAUUGUUGACGUUGCUGUUGGUAUUACCGUACAAAACAUAAGAUUUUGUUGUGAAGCGUUUUACUCCUUGUCACUUUUGCGCAAUCUCGCUGUUAUUGUCAUUAGUUUUGUAAUAGCUUUUUUGCCAUUCAGUUAAGAGGAAGGAAGAAAUCUCCUUUUUAGUGGAAUACCCCCCAACCAACCUUUGUAAAUUAAAAAUAGACCAGUUUACCACAAUAUUUUAAUAUGUAGGUUUAAGUGUAUGGUGGUGAAAAAUCACAUGCUUUAAUGGUAGUUUAAAUGGACCCGUAGGCUUUCAGAGAGGAUGGGCACACUCCAGUUUUUUUCUUGCUUUACAGAAUACAGACCCUCACUGUAAGGUUAAUUUUUCUUUCUUGUAUGUUUUCUCUUUUAUGCUACUGCAUAAUGGUGUAAAUAAUGAGUUGUGAUGCAUUCUUUAGUUGAAAGGGUUUUUACAGGAGAAUCCCUUUGCACCUGAGGAAGAAAUUUAAAGAAAAAAAAAAAGAAGAACCUGAAGUAUGAGCCUACCAUAACAAUUCAGUCAAUUGUAUAAGCAUGUUAAAGUCGUUGAAAACCAUACUGAGACAAAAUAUAAUUUUGUAUUCUCAAUAAGGGAUAUUUUCAUAUCUGUUCAGUAUAUGACAGUGUUGCAUUUAGUUACACAUACAGUACAGUUCAUUUAGGCUUUUUUGGACUGCAGUAUGUCAUUGAUGUAAAUUAAGAAAUCACAGUCUCUGUAGCUGAGACAUUUAUUUUGUAUCCAUUAAGGCGGAGGAUAUAUUUAUGCUUUCUAAGUAGUGUAAAUGCCAAUGCUCCUUUUUGUGUCUUUUAUAAUCUUCUUAUGUAUUUGGAGUUCAAAUUCUAAUUUGAUAACUGUAUUGUUGUAAAGAUCGAACUGGUAUUUAUAGUGCACUUUAUAAAUUAGUUCUUUUGAAUAAGAGCUUUAUAAGGGGUAGUAGAAUGAUACAUUUCUUUAUUGACAUCACAGAUUUUUCAGGCAGAAGUAAAUGUUCUUUUGUUUUAUUGAAGGAACCGAGCUGAGUGUGCUUUUCUUAUCAGCUCAGCUCAAAUUGUCCUGGUUUGUAUUCAGUGGUUUGAUAGUUUUGCUGUUGUAGUUUGUUUAAAGACACAGUUUCCUUUGAGGAAACUAUUUACAGUGCUGUAACAUUUCAAGUUGCAACUAUUGCCUUUACCAAUGCUGUUAUUGAAUUUUCAACGUCAGUCAUAGACGUUCCUCAUGGGUAGUACUGACCAAGGAAAAAAAUGUGCAUUUUUGGGACAAAAGCCUCCCAUUCUUGACUUCUUGGAGGAAAAGGUCCUUUGUAAGUCUUGAUUUUUUCCAAAGUCAGUUAAAAUGUCAUUUUAAACACAGCACGUGCUGUGUCAUCAUUGUUGACCCAUUCUUGCAUAUUUUUGGAAAUGCCUCUCAACAUUCAGAUGUUGUUGACUUUUAUUCUUCUGUCUUGUAAAGUUACAAGCGACUGGCUUUCAGUUUGGCCUGCUUAACUGUCUAAUACAUAUCUCUAGUUCAGUGGCACUAUGACUUGUAUUAUUAAUAAUAGUGAAGUAAUGAUGCUUUGUUUUGAAGUACUGAACAAAUAUACGAUACUAGAGGUACAGUGUUUUUCAUAAUGGUUCGAAGCUGAUGUCGGAGGAUUGAAUGUCUGACACCAUAACACCCAGUUCACAUUUCUGUGAAGAUGGUUUUUAAAUGCCGAUGUGGGUGUUACAUAAAGUUGCCUACUCAAAAGGUUUUUUAAUGAUAUGUUUAGAUAAAAUACAAACAGUAUUGAAUUUCAUUGUUCAGUGUUUUGUCUGCUUAUGGCUUAGACACAUUCCCAAAUUUAUUUUAAAUGUUAUUUAUCUAAAAAUAUUACUUCUUGCUCUUUAGGUACACAGAUUCUUAAUGUGAAAUUACCCAUUUCCUAAAAUGAGCCAAUAUAUAGAUAGAAAUACUGAAAUUUUGUUGGAUUGGUGCAUCUGAAAGAAUUAAAAUAUAGUCGUUCAUCAAAUGUCGACGUAUUCUUUAUUAUUACUUGUACAGGUACAUUUUAAACAAGCGGGUUUUUUUUUUUUUUUACUGUAAAGGGGAUUCCUCUGAAUGAUUAGCUCAUUUGUGGCAUAUUUCUUUCUUUUUGGUAUGAAUUGAGCAUUUCUUGUCAGAAACUUAAAACAGGUUACUGUUAGUCGUUAGUUUCUCUUAAAAAAUCUAUUUCAUUCUUCAUUCAUUCAAGAACUCUUGUCCUGGAUCAGAUUUUCAUGUUUUACCACAAGCUUAUUAACUCUGUUUCAGAACCAAGUUUUACACUUUGUCAUAACAUAAGGAACAUAUAAGCUUGUAGAACCAUUAAACCACACUGUCCAGUCAAAGUUCUUUAUCAAAGCUUUUUCAUGUGGAUUACGAUUUCUUAUGUCCCUAUUGAAUAUAUCCUUAAAGACUAAAUGAAAAGACUCAGCAUAGACUUUUGUCACUGUUAAUAUAAAGGAACACCAAUCUGUAAUUCUUUCCAUGUAAUGGAAUAUGGGGAAUAACAGAACCUGUAGAUGCUCCUGCUUCUAAUUGUUUCUACAGUAGACAGUAAUGUACUUACGCAUCAAAAUAUCUCUCAAUGCUGUGAUCCUGUACAAUCCUAACUGUGUAAAUGUUGUUGACUAUAAUUGUUGCCCUGUGUUGCAGAAGACCCAGGAUUGCAUUGUUUUGGUUGCUGAAAGUGAUUUAACCUGCUCAUAGCGUGUCUUACACUCUCACGCCAGUUGGCAAUACAUUGUUGGUUGUAUACAAACUGUAGAUGGAUUCAAGAAAUAAAAUAAUGUAUUUAAUUGAA